AUGCGCCUGUUGCACACUCUUUUUACUCUUUCGUGCGUUGCCAGCGCUCUGGCCCGCCAUAACACUCUUUUACGUCGUGACGGUGAAAAUGUCGCCCCAGCUGUGAACGAAACUGAUGUUGAUCCUAAGCGAUUCAUCAUCGAGUUUGAGGAUGGAACCAACUCCAAAGCCACCGCCGAUAAACUGGCGGACCGUCCCGAUGUCAAGCUUAUCAGGGUUUUUAACAGCGAUGUAUUCAAGGGUGCUUGUGUGGAGACCGCGAAGGACAACCUUGAUACCCUCCAGGAGGAGGAAUCUGUCAUCAAGGCUUGGCAGGUUAAGAAGGUCACUUUGGCUCCCAUGAAACCACUGCAGACAUUUGGCAAAGAAGCUGCUGGCGUCAACACAUCGAUUCACCACAUGACUGGAGUAGACAAGCUCCAUGCUGACGGUGUGCUGGGCAAGGGCGCUGUUGUUGCCGUUGUUGACACGGGAGUUGCCUAUAAUCACCCCGCAGUAAGUCGGCGAUUCGGUCCUGGUUUCAAAAUCGAGGGUGGAUAUGACUUUGUGGGCGAUGGAGAAUGGCCUGAAGAUGAGCAGAAGCAGCCUGAUGAGGAUCCCAUGGACAACUUGGGCCACGGAACUCAUGUCUCUGGCAUCAUUGCGGGGAAGAGCGAUCUGAUCACCGGAGUUGCUCCUGACGCCACUCUCCGAGUGUACAAGGUCUUUGCAAAAAUGGACGCAACAACCGAGGACGUUCUGAUUGAUGCUUUCCUCAAGGCUUAUGACGACGGCGCCGAUAUCAUCACUGCCUCCAUUGGUGGCCUUGGUGGCUGGUCAGAGAACGCAUGGGCUGUAGUAGCCUCGAGAAUCGUCGACCAGGGUGUAGUUGUCACCAUCUCAGCAGGGAAUGAUGGCCAAGCCGGUCCCUUUGCUGCUAGCACCGGAUCCUCUGGCGCCCAUGUCCUUGCUAUUUCUUCCAUCGACGGAGAUGUGAUUGCCACAACUUCUUUCAACGCGACCUUUGACAACGACGGAGACUCGGAGACAGUCAACGUGCCGUACAUGCCAGCGGCUGAGUGGUACCCAUCUGACGUCGACGGCUGGCCAGUUGUCCCAGUCGGACUUGAUACGACCGUCGCAAAUGAGGCUUGUAGCCCACUAUCGAAUGAUACUCGCAAUUUCACUGAGUCAGUCGUGCUCGUACGUCGAGGAGGAUGCAACUUCUCGCAAAAGCAGCAAAACCUGGCCGCCCUUGGUGCAACACAUAUCCUCAUCUACACCAACGAGAUGCCCAUCGUGGUCCCUUCUGCUGUCUCCCAGGACGGAAGCAUUGCCAUGAUUACCCGAGAGGCCGGUGCUGCGAUCAUCAAGACCAUCAAAGCCGGCGGAAACGUCACUGCUGGCUUCACCACCCCACCUAUGAAGACUCUCACUGGAGUAGUCAAUGAGGAGACAGGAGGAGCACCAAGUUAUUUUACUAGCCUUGGCGCGACUAACGACCUCUUCAUCAAGCCUGAUGUGGCCGCUCCAGGUGGUCAGAUUCUGUCGAGCUACUUGGACGAUGAAUAUGCUGUACUCAGCGGCACAUCCAUGGCUUGCCCAUAUGUCGCCGGUAUCGCAGCGUUGUAUAUCAGCAAGCACGGUGGUCGCUCGGCUCACGGGCCUGACUUUGCCAAGGACCUGUCUAUGAGGAUUAUUUCGUCUGGUGAGGCUGUCAAAUGGCACGACGGAACCUCGGAUAGCCCAGACUAUGGAUUCAUGGCCUCGGUGGCUCAGGUGGGCACCGGAAUCGUCAAUGCUACCAAGGUUCUGGACUACAGUACUAGUCUCUCCUUUGUCAAAUUCGCUCUGAACGAUACAGUCCACUUCAACGAGGAGCACACCGUCGAAAUUACCAAUGGCGGAGACAAGGCCACGACUUAUGACUUGUCGGUUGAAAACUACGGCGGUUUUGAUUCCAUGAAUACCGAUCCUGAGACUUGGGGAACACCACGAAUGGCCUGGGGUGAAGAAGUCCUGGCUGCACCUCAGAAGAUGAACCCCGAUGUUUCACUGCCUGAUGCAAAACUGACCAUCCAGCCUGGAGAGACCAAGUCUGCGAAGAUCUCGUUCAAGGCUCCUGCGGGACUCGAUGGUUCCAAGCUGCCCUUGUACAGCGGCAAAAUUGUUGUCACUGGCAGCAACGGUGAAUCUCUUGGAGUUCCUUAUAUGGGUCUCGCAUCCGAUCUUGAAAAGGACGUUGGCGACAUCUUUGAGUAUCCUAUCGGCUUUCCAACUAUGACUUCAACCCGUCAGGAGAUCCCUAUCGCGGAGAAGAGCAACUUCACCUUUGAUCUGGACCCAGAAGUUCAGGACUUCCCUGCUGUGUACUCACGCAUAGGCUUUGGCACCCGAGAGCUUCGAUGGGACAUCUUUGACGAUAGCUGGACUGAGGACAACUGGGAGUAUCCUCCGGUGAUCGGCAAGGCAGGCUACAUCGGGUCUGCAACAAGUUGGGCCCAGUUGUCUGGCAAGCAGUAUUUCAACGCUAGCUCAGACGAUGCCAAUGAUCUUAUCGCGUUGCCGUUGAGGGAUCUAUCGCGUGACAUUGUCGGAAGGCUUGGAACUGAGCUUUGGUGGCUGGGUCGGUUGGCCAACGGAACUCAGAUUGCGGAAGGACGAUACAAGAUGCGAUUCGCUGCCCUGAAGCCGUUUGCUGACCCGCAAGCCUCAGCUGGUUGGGAUGUGUUCAAGACUCCUGCAUUUGACGUUUUGCCUCUCGAAGAUUAA